AUGACAACAAGUACCCAUCAAUUUGAUUACAAUCGAAGAAAUUCUAAUUCCGCUCCAUAUUCAAUACCCAUAAAACAGCAGCAGCAUCAACAACAACAGGAACAACAUUAUCCUCAUUAUAACAAUAAUAACCAAUAUCUUCAACAUCUGACGAAACAGGCUUCCACAAUGCAACUGCAGUCCUAUCCAGAACAUUAUAGUAACCAACACCCACAUUCAUUCCCUACUUUACAUACUGCACAGCUGGCAGGUAGAAUCUCAACAAAUACAACAACCACCCCAUCAGGAGCAGCAGCAGCAACACUCACAGCAAACUCGACUCUCUCCACCACAGAUCCAACAACAAGAGUCCCAACAAGAGCCACAACAAGGACCCCANAACAACAACAACAACAACAACAACAACAACAACAACAACAACAACAACAACAACAACAACAACAACAACAACAACACCCACAGCAAUAUCCAGAAGAUCUGACAGCUAUAGCGUCUCCUCCACUAAAUGUACAAGCACAACAAAAACUAUCUCGGGAGUUUGUUGUACGUCGAACCAGCGAAGGAGAGACGGGUCGCGUCAAGGAAGAAUUAAGAUGUGAAGCCUGUGGUAAAGGAUAUAAACAUAUAUCCUCACUAGCUAAGCAUUUGUGGGAACAUACACCCGAAUGGAACGUUACUAAAAAAUUAUUGAUUUCCAAACAUCAACAAGUACAAUUAUUAGAAGCUGCCAGUAUCCUAUUGGGGAUGAAUCAUGACUUGGAUGGGAAUGGUCGAGGAUAUAAUGGAAUAGGUGGAGCCAGUAUUCAUGGAGGACCACCAGGAUCGUUGAAAUAUCUUCAUAAACGAGAUGCAUCUGACCGAUUGGCUAAUUUGCCCUCGCCAUUCUCACCAACAAGUGAACAUGGCAAUAAUAAUGGGGUAGCACUGACUCAAUCAAGUAAUGGAGGUGAGGUUGAUGAUUUCAAUAAACUGCUGGCAACUAUAGCAUCGAUGUCAGGAACUGCAAUUCAUUCAGAUUCGGAUAAUCAAAGUGAACCAGAAACAGAUGACAAGUCAAAUAAAAACAACAGCAGCAUUAGCAACAGUCAUCAAUACCAAAACCCAGAAGCCUAUAGUAAUCAAAACAAUUACCAAUUCAAGCCUCAUCAAUCAUAUAUCAUGUCUCAAUAUCCAGUACGAAACGAAAUCAAGCAACCAACGCCAUUAUCACCACCGGUACAAACUCAAUCUUCGUCAUCAACGUCACCACCUACAACUACUCUCAAUGGGGACAACAGGAAUCAUUAUUAUGUAACAAACCAAUGA